GAGCACUUCCGGCCGCCGUCCCCGCCGCGCCGCCGUCUCGGCUGUGUCUGGACCCCGAGAGUUUCCUGCCACCAUGAAGGACGUGCCGGGCUUUCUGCAGCAGAGCCAGAGCUCCGGGCCUGGGCAGGCCGCCGUGUGGCACCGACUAGAAGAGCUCUACACAAAGAAGUUGUGGCAUCAGCUGACACUUCAGGUGCUUGAUUUUGUGCAAGACCCGUGCUUUGCCCAAGGAGAUGGUCUCAUUAAGCUUUAUGAAAAUUUCAUUAGUGAAUUUGAACACAGGGUGAACCCUUUGUCCCUGGUAGAAAUAAUCCUUCACGUGGUUAGACAGAUGACUGAUCCUAACGUGGCUCUUACUUUUCUGGAAAAGACUCGUGAGAAGGUAAAAAGUAGUGAUGAGGCGGUGAUCCUGUGUAAAACAGCGAUUGGAGCCUUAAAACUAAACAUUGGGGACUUACAGGCUACAAAGGAGACAAUUGAAGAUGUCGAAGAGAUGCUCAGCAGCCUCCCUGGUGUGACAUCCGUUCACAGUCGUUUCUAUGACCUUUCCAGUAAAUACUACCAAACAAUUGGAAACCAUGCAUCCUACUAUAAGGAUGCUCUGCGGUUUCUGGGCUGCGUUGACAUCAAAGAUCUACCAGUGUCAGAGCAGCAGGAGAGAGCCUUCACUCUGGGGCUCGCGGGACUUCUCGGCGAGGGAGUUUUUAACUUUGGAGAACUUCUCAUGCACCCUGUGCUGGAGUCACUGAGGACCACUGACCGGCAAUGGCUGAUUGAUACCCUUUAUGCCUUCAACAGCGGCGAUGUAGACAGGUUCCAGACACUUAAGACUGCCUGGGGUCAGCAGCCUGAUUUAGCAGCCAAUGAAGCCCAGCUUCUGAGGAAGAUCCAGUUGUUGUGCCUGAUGGAGAUGACUUUCACACGGCCUGCCAACCACCGACAGCUUACUUUUGAAGAAAUUGCCAAAAGUGCUAAAAUCACAGUGAAUGAGGUGGAGUUGCUGGUGAUGAAGGCACUCUCAGUGGGGCUGGUGAGAGGCAGCAUUGAUGAAGUGGACAAACGGGUGCACAUGACCUGGGUGCAGCCCCGAGUGCUGGAUCUACAGCAGAUCACAGGGAUGAAGGACCGGCUGGAGCUGUGGUGCACUGAUGUGAAGAGUAUGGAGAUGCUGGUGGAGCACCAGGCUCAGGACAUCCUCACCUAGGCCCCCUAAGCUUCAGCCCUGCAUCACCCAAGGAGGCAUUUCCGUGGCCCAUGAAACUUGCAGCAGAGAAUAUUAUCUGUUCAGUUGCACUGGGGGCUGGGGUCCUGCUGGUCCUCUAAAAGCAGAGUGUCAUCAUUGAUUCAGACCCAGCCACAGGCAAAGGCUCUUUGUGAGGUGGGUCUGUAGCCUGGGUGGUGGAAGGGUCCUUCAGGGCUCAGGUGAUGAGAAAGGACAAGAUGGGAAUUGGUAUUUUUCACCCUUGCCUACCUGAUCUUUACCAGUACAACUCAAAAAAAAAAAAAGUUCUGAUAAUAAAUGCCUUUGCUUUGUCCUG